AUGAGCUUGAGAGAAAGGGAAAUAUUUCCUUGUGCCAAACGUAAAACAGAUGUAAAGGUGAAAAAUAAGUUCGAAUCUAACUCUCUAGCAAAGGUAUACUUUCGAAUCAAGUGUGAAAAAGCCCAAGAAGCAAGGCAAACUGCAUUGUUAAAUCUCUUUGUCUCCAUUAUAAGUGAUAGCGUCUAUAAUAAGCUAAGGAUCGAAGAAAAGCUUGGUUACUUAGUUGAAUGUGAAACUCGCUUGAUACAUGGAGUUGGUUUCUAUGUAUGCGUUGUUUCUUCAGAUUACAAUCCUUGUCAUUUGGUAAGGCGAAUCUACAAGUUCAUGAAUGGAAUUCGCUUGGAAGGUUUGUUUGACAAAAUGUUUAAAGAUUUCAAAAAUGGUGUAAGUUCGAAGUUGCCACAUGAUAGUGGGAAGACAAAAUGGAGUGAGAUUGUUCGAGAAAGUUGCAUAUUUGAUUUCUACUCCGAAGAAAAGAAGGAGCUAAGCUUGAUCACGAAAAAUGAUUUAAUAGAAUGGUACAAACGGUAUGUUAGACUAUCUUCGCCUAAGUGCUGUAGUUUUGUUGUUUCAAUUUGGGGAUGCAACACCAAAAAUGGUCUAGAGAAAGUGAAGAUUCUUCGGUUAAGAAGGAAGAUGAAAGUAAAGAAGAAGCAAGGUUCAGCGAGUCAGGUGAAUUCCAUAGGUCAAGAGAUGAACACAUCAUUACUUAUGCUAGUUGCAAAAAAAAUGGAAUCCUUUUACAAGCUAAUGAGAGUAAGACAGACACUGAACUAUGCCGAGGCAAGAAACUAUGUGUCAUUAAAAAGGCCAUGGAUUGCCGAGACGGUGGUUACACAGAGCAACGAAUCGAUCGAGAGAAGAUCGAAAAGGUGAAGAUCGAAGCAGCGAGACCUUCAUGGCCAACCAUAUAA